AUGGAGAACCCCGUUUCGUUUGCGUCAACGGAUGUGCUAUAUUACAAGAAGCAUUGUGCAGUUAUUCAGUACCUGCCGACAACAGAUUGGAUGCUCGUACUAGAUGCUGAUACAGGUUUCGCUACUACUAGGUCGAGUCCAUACUUCGCAACCCUAACCGAGGGAUUUGGUGCCUUUGAUCUUCGCUUCAGCACCGAGAAACCUGUAACGAUUCAAAGGGAUAUUUUCAACGUGAUCAGUAGGGGCGGUGCUCGAACUCUGAUCGGUGGAUCCUACACUCGGCUGCAGUCACGCGAGAUGAAAUCGCGUGUCGUGAAUCCGAACCACUGCAUCGAGGAAUGGAUUGAUGACAGGGUCAGCGUUAUACUAAUCGAACGUUUUUUCAGUUAUGAAUUCUCCGCUGGCAACUACCUGUCUUCCAGACUUUUGAAAGUUUUAGGAUUUCGGUGA